UCCCUCGGAGCACCUCAGAGGGAGGAAGCGUUUUUACCAGUUUUUACAAGAUUGCGUCCAAUUGCGUCGCGUUGUUGGUAGCAGUUGUGUGGUAGUGUCGGCGGAACGCGUUCGUCGGAAAUAUUUUAGCUGAUUCAAGCUGAUUUCAGCACUUGGCGGCAAUUGCAGGCAAUUGGGGAUAACAACGAUGGAUCGCAGCGAGGAAGAAUGGUCGGUAGAUUGUUCAGACGACGAAAAGUACGAAACUGAUGGAAAAAACGAAUGGAGUCUGAAACCCAACGACAUAUUAACACUGAUCGAAGCUCUCGAAGCUAACAACAGAGUUUUGGAUCUAGAGUGGAAAUGUCCAGGUAGGAGAGGUCCUUCUCCCAUUCUUUCAAACAAUCGACAACUGGAUAGUGGCUCGCAGGAAUACAAAACGGAAGAAAAGUCUGAUUUCGAUUUCAUGGAUGAAAUGUCGUCACCGCGAUUGCCAGUUCGAAGAAUAGGUGAAAGUACUCCAAAGGGGAGUGCUAAGAAAAAGACUGCCAGCUUUAAUGGUGUACUUUCUACAAUGUUACGGCAUCGUAGAUUGGAACAGCAAGAAAUUAAUCUUAGUCCAACAAAAAACGAAUCUUCUGCCGCAUCCAAGACGUAACGAAUAAGUUUAUCGUAAGC